CAGGACACAAUUUGGAAGAGCUUGCUAGCAGAAGGCACAACAAUGGAAUAUCUGCCGGUCCUAUACAAAAAAAAUGUAUCCAUUUCUGUUGGUUCUUCAGUGAAAAUCAACGGGACACCUAUCAUGCCUUUCUGCAUGACCCCAGAACUGCAGGUGGAUUUCUUCAUUGGAACUAAUGAGGACUCAGACAUCGCCUUCAGUCUCCGAGUGUACUUUGGCAAAGAGCUGGUGAUGAACAGCCGUCAGGGUGGGAAGUGGGGUCCAGAAGUGAAAUACACUGAUAUGCCCUUUAGGGAUGGCCAACCCCUUGAAGUGUACAUCUCUGUGCUGUCAAACGAGUACCAGGUAACAGCAAAUGGUGUCCAAUAUUACACUUUUCCCCAUCAAGUUGACUCAGCAUCUGUGAGGAUGAUCCAGGUGUGGAGAGAUGUGUCCCUGACCUCAGUGGAGAUUACCCCUUAGAGAAGGGUGUGAACAGACUCCCCGUUGUCAAGGAGAUCCCUCCACCUAAGUGAUCCUGUGGUUCCCAGAGCUCACUAACACCAUGGGUUCUCACCCUUCCCCCACACUUGGUCAUUAAAACUCCUGAAAACA